GAAAAAGGAUACAACAAUGGACACCACGACGCGCAGUAUUCGCAUGUUAACACUAGGGAAUCGGAUAGAUAUUUGUAAUUUAGUUGACCAAGGAGAAUCGUUGGAAGACAUUGCGGAUGCUUACGCGAUAGCCCCUCAAUCCGUGGUCAAGAUUACAAAGCAGAAAAAAAAGUUACACAAAUAUUUGGCCAUGGGUAUCGAUCUUAAUGUGUUGCGCGUGCGACUUCCCAACGCACUUAAAACAGACCUCACCAAAAACAAAAUCGAACUGCAACAGCAGGUGAAGAAAGCGAGACCCGUGGAGGAGGAAUCGGACACAAGCAAUUCGCAUGAGGACAAGAGCUUUUUGGAAAGUAACAGCACGGCAGCCAAGGAAAAGCGUGUACAAGAUCCCACCAAUCCGGAAAAAGCGUACGCAGCGAAGGAUGUGUUUUUUGCGGACGUUAUUUCUUUGCAGUACGGAGAGAUCGAUAAUCCGCUAGAUGUGCUUUGUGCCACCAACAUGGACGGGAGCGUGAAAUUGCCUCUCUUGGUGGUCGGUAUGCAUGCGCCACAAGAGGGCUGUAAAGACACGCACAGCAUGCCCGCGGUUUACAUAGUCCAAGUCAUGGGAAGGAUGACGGAGAACAUAUUCCUGAAGUGGGUGAAAAAAAUGGACACGACGUUUACGAGGAUGCAGCAGAAGGUGGUCGUCUUCGUGCGAGAAUCCAAGGCAGUAUCGAGCAGCAUGGAAAUAGACACCAAGUACGUGGACGUACACUUUGUGCCAACCAGUGCUGGUUCGGUUCUGAAACCGCUCACUGCUGGGAUAUCGAAUAGAUUGAAAACCCGCUAUCUGUACAAAGUCAGGCAAGAGCAGGCAAUCUGGAACAAGGAUAUGGUGCUAGAGGAAGCACUCGAAAUCUUGCAAGAUAUUUGGAUGAACGAAAUCGACCUACCCUCCAUUCGGAAGGGUUAUGAAAAUGCAGAUUUCUCGGAAUAUUUAUCCACUGCUCUCAACAAGCAUGAAGAUGAGGCUACAGAAGACUACAGACUAGCGGAGGAGCUCGUGGAAACAGAGUACACAACUACCCAUGAGUACCUGGAUGAUUCGGAUGAGAAAAUUGAGGAGUGCAUUGAAACAGACACAGUUCCCCACGAGCAGUUGGGUGAAACGUUUGAUUUUCCGGAGAUCAGAGAAUCCACUGAAGCAGACGAAAUAUUCGUGGCUGAAUAUGACGACUGUUCGCAGGAAGUCGUAGAGUCUAUGUCUUGCGAGUAUCUAGAGGAGAUCGUAGAGAACUCUGAUGAAACAGACUACGUAGAAAGUACGGAGUACGGAGAAAUAUCUCCAAACGACGAAUGCGACGAUAUGAUAGAUGAUAAUGUGACUUACGACUUGGAAAAUUCAAAAAACCAGCACUCUGGUCAUCCAAAUGUCUUUGAAAAUGUUGUCCGAAUAGAGGCAGAAGAAACGGAGGCCCCGCCCGCGAUGAGCAACUCCAACGAGAUGGAAACGAGUGAUCUUUUCGCGGUAAGAAAUGUGAAAAUACAUGAAAACGAAGAUCAGAUCGCCGUCUCUCUUGAUACUGUGUGGCGCAAUCUACUGACAACAGAGAAUGUUCCCAAUUCCCUAUUUCAGAAGUUCUAUGAAUUGGAACAUUUCUUAAAAAGUCAAUAACACUUUACUGCUGCACCUUCGCGGCCAACUAGGCACUAGUUAUAGAUACAUUUGAUUGGGCUACCGUUUCCAUGAACAGAAUUGAAUAUACGCUUUGCACAACUCGCCAAUCACGAAGAUUAUUUUUUAUUAUUGUAACAUUGGAACAAGGCGAUAAA